AUGGCAUGCAAAGCCGAGCAGAUCCAGUCACCAUUAAUUGAAUACUCCAUACUCACAUAUUUUGGCUUUCUUUCCGUGGCCGUCAACAGAAGAGAGCGAUUGCAAACCGUACUCGGGAAGAUCGAAACCUGGAACUAUGGAAAUGCGCUGUUUGUGAUGCAAGGAUCCCAGGGCUAUCGUAUGUUGUUCUCAAUACAGACGCCUAGAAACAUUGAGAUUGUCGCCCACACGGCGGAAAUACACCGUCCUGUACACACACAUAACAGCGGCAGCUGCAUGAUAGACUCAGCGACGAAAUUCGGUGGCGUUCAGGAAUCAAACGUUAAUCCGCCCAUUCGGACUGUUACACAGAUACAGUUGUUGCUGCACCGACCGGGCAUAUGUAUGGGCGGAGGACAUGGACGAUGCCAGCCACUCGCUUGUGAGUCGAAGCUCAACGCACUCCGGCCCUCACGAGGACAGGGAACAGACCGUACGAGCUUGCUGCUUGGCGAGAUGCGGGGUUGGCCCUGCAUUCUUCCAUACGAGCAGAAACACGGCGACGUCGUCGUCGAUACAACUCCGCAGAGAUGGGAUGAUCAAAACGGAAGCGAUGAAAGCAUAUAA